AUGUCUUCAGCUGAACAACUUCUGCGAGCCUUGCUGCAUGCGCAGCUGCAUGGCCGCGCUGUUGAACUCCUCCACGCCCUUUGCCAGCCUGGAGCUUCUGCUCCCAGUGACCAUGUCUUCAACCUGAUGCUUGACGCAGCAGUCCGCGCAAGAUCCUACGGAGAGGCCUGGGAUGUUCUUGAGCUUCUGCUGAAAUCUGGGCGGAAGGCUGACAAGUAUUUCGUUUCAAUCCUCACGAAGAGCCUAGAGUCGUCGAACGACAAGCGUUGGGUUCGGCGGGGCAUCAACCUUGUGGAUAAGUUCAUUGAGCAGCAACAGGAAGAUGUAGAUGAGAUUGUCUUCAACUCUUUGUUGAAUGUAUUGGGUCAAACAGGAGACAUGCUGAAGCUUCAGCAGACAUUGAACAAGAUGAAUGACUACGGGGUGUCUCCAUCUGCCGUGACCUUUGGUACAGUUGUCAAAGCCUAUGGGAGAGCACGUGACACCGAGUCAGUGAUCAAAGUGUGGAACCAAAUGCGAAGUCGCUGCUUGGGCAUCAACCCUGUCACCUGCGGCUGCGUCCUAGAUGCUUGUGUAAAGUGCAACUCCCUUGACAAAGCCAUGGCAAUUUUUCAGGAGAUGCGCAUGCAAGGAAUGCACAAGAAUACAGUGCUUUAUGCAACGUUGAUCAAAGGUUUGGCGAAGAUUCGAGAUUUGCAGGGAGCCAUGAAUCUCUAUCACGAAAUGCGGAUGGAAGGUGUGCCGUGCAAUUUGGUAACCUUCAAUUCUCUUAUGGAUGUUUGUGUGCGUUGUGGUGACUUGCAAACUGCGGCCUAUUUCCUACAAGACAUGAUGCAGAUGGGAAUUGAGCCAGACCUCAUCACAUUCAGCACCUUGAUCAAAGGUUACAGCCAUAUUGGUGAGGUGCACAAAGCCUUGGCUUUGUCGAAAGAGCUGAAGGCUCGAGGCCUGAAGUGCGAUGAGAUCAUGUACAACAGCCUCAUCGAUGGCUGCGCAAAAGCUCGAAAACUACAUGAGGGACUCUCCGUCUUUGAGGAAAUGUUGCAGUCUCGAGUGCAACCGUCCAACAUCACCUUCUCCAUUCUGGUGAAGCUGCAUUUUGAGGUUGAGAGCUUGAUGCCAGAGCCAGAGAAGCUUAGGUUUGAUACUGAGCUUGAGGAUAUUCACCUACAGUUGCAGCAUCUCAACCAGAGAUUGAGCAGAAAAAAUGCAGACCCAGCAGUACGAAGAACGGCUACUACAGUGCUCGACGAGCUCUCCCGUUACUUUGGAGAGGACCACUCGCGAGGGGCGCGUAUGGUGCUGGCAAGUCAUCUUGCGAGAUUUGUUUCUGAUUUCGUGGAGAAAGAGAAUGCUGCAGAGGCGUUAAACUGGUGGACAGAGUUUCUUCUGAACAUCGAGGAUGCUCGUCCCUUCACUCGCAGCAAUUGGGCCCAUGCCUCCGCAUUUGAAGAGGUGCUUAGUCGCUGCCGCAUUAAGUUGCUGGAUCUCAAGCUGGAGGAUACCCGCCCGCCACUCCGGCUGCGUGAAGCUCUCCGAGAGGUUCACAAUGCUGCGCGCCAUGCAGCAGACGACCUGUUGGAGGUGUUGUACAUAGGACUUCGUGCAAAGCCUGCCGCUGAUCGCUUUUCAUACAUGGACCUUUGCCAAUGCAUGCAGGCAGGUCUUUACGGCUCCAACGCAUUUUGCAACAUGGAGGACCAGAUCAUCUUCUACAUUCUUGACCUGGAGAAAUCCUACACCGUGGAUCUCCUUGCUGGCUGUUUCCUCUCCAAAUGCUCUGAGGAGGAAAGCAUCCUUUUGAACUGCUUGUUUUUUGAAUUAUACCAAGCAACACGUCAUUUCAGAAAACAUGUCAAACUCGCCCCGCUGCAGCGAAUUCCUCAGCAAACUGAUGCACCCAGGCUUCUGAAGAUCCUGGCCGUGUCUCGUCCAUACCACUGGCCAGACAUCAUAUUCAAGAGCUGCUUCAGGAACUGCAGGAGAUUGUUUGGGGACGGAAAACUGCUUUGA